CGGGUCUUCUGAUUGUGACAUUAAAUUCAGUUUUUGUUUGGGUUUCUUCACCCGGCUGUGACUGAGAGGUGGUGGGAGGAUUUCGUUAAAUGGAAGGGUGCUAGACUGGUUCUGGUCCAAGAUCAGACUUGCAGCUGCUGUACCGACAGGUCGGAGCAAGAGCACCUCAAUCUACACCGAACUCCUUUUAAAAAAUAUGUAUUUUAACGUCACGUCCUCUUCCUGCGACGAGUCACACCAUGACUGAAGACAGGUUGAGACUUAUGUGGUCCUACAGGAAAACUUGUUCGUUUGUUCAUGUUGAAGAGUAGCUCAUAAGAUCUUUGAUAAUGUCUGAAGAGGUUCCACAUGAGGGGGAGCAGCCCCAGUCCCCGUCCCAGGCCCAGUCAACCCAGUCCACCCAGUCUCCGUCCCAGGUCCUUUCCACCCAGUCCCCAUCCCAGUCUAAGUCCCAGUCCCAGCCUGGUUCCAGUUCAUCCAGCGGACCAACUUCAGCCAGCCAGUCGUCCAGCGGGUCGGGGACGCUGAGCAGCGUGGACACCAUCCCCGUGACCUUGCCGUCUGUCCCCGAGGAGCCCGAGGCAGAACCCUGGGGCCGCCUGCUGCCCAUGGCCCAAGGCUUCAGGAGCCACGACUGUGUAGAGGAUCAAUACCUGUUUGGACGGGACUCUAAGUGUAACUACGUUCUGGACGAUCCAGAUCACAGAGGAUCCAAAAAGUUCAGAAUCUACAGCAAGAAACACUUCAGGAUCUACAGAGAGGGCAGCGAGGUGUUUGUGGAGGACUACAGCAAUAACGGGACAUUUGUCGACGGGAUUCUGAUCGGCAAAGACAGGAAGCUUCCUCUGGUCAACAACGCAGUGCUCGCUCUGUCUGAACAACGUAACAAAGUCUUUGUCUUCAUUGAUCUGAUGUCAGACGAUCAGUCCAGUUUACCUAAAGAGCUUCAGGAGAAAUAUUUGCUGACACGGCGUAUCGGCACAGGAGUGUGUGGUGAAGUCAAACUGGCCUUCGAGAGAUCCACCUGCAAAAAAUUUGCUGUGAAAAUAAUAAACAAGAAGAAUUUUCAGUCUGAAGGGACAGCGACGAAAAAUGCAAAGACCGAGAUUGAGAUCCUGAAGAGAGUUGACCAUCCUUGUCUCAUAAGGACGGAGGAUUUUUAUCAGACAGAGGACAGCUACUACAUCGUGUUGGAACUGAUGGAGGGAGGAGAACUCUUCCACAAAGUGAAGUCCCAGCAGCAGCUUAGUGAGUCCGUUGCAAAACUCUACUUCUACCAGAUGCUGAGAGCAGUCCAGUACCUCCACAGUAAUGGGAUCAUCCACAGAGACCUGAAACCUGAGAACAUCCUGCUGUCCUCACAGGACGAUGUCUGUCUCAUCAAGGUGACAGACUUUAACCAGUCGAGGAUCUUGGAGGAGACCACGUUGAUGAGGACUCUGUGUGGGACUCCAUCGUACUUGGCUCCUGAAGUCUUCACUCACGCCUCCACCACAGGAUACGGCCUGGCUGUGGACGCGUGGAGCCUCGGAGUGCUGCUCUUUGUGUGUCUCGGUGGUUAUCCUCCUUUUCACAAGGAUUUUGGACAUCAAUUGAUCACAGAGCAGAUCAUCCGUGGAGAAUUCACCAUGGUUCCAUCCAAGUGGAAAUACAUCUCUGACCAAGCCAAAGACGUGGUGAGGAAGCUGCUGGUUGUUGAUCCCGGUAAAAGAAUGACGAUAGACGAGGCUCUGCAGCAUCCCUGGUUACAGGAUCGCGUGAUGUUGGAGACGGCUGACAGACUCAUGUACCCCUCUGAAGAUGCUGCUGCCAUGCAGGAGGCGGGGUCAGCCUCACGAGGCUCCAGGAGGAAACGAGGACGAGAUGACAGAGACCAAGAAGAAGAACAUCCGGCCAAAAGGAGCCAGGCCCCGCCCCCUGCCUCACUGUAGAGGACCAAUCAUAUUCUGAGUUGUUCCUCGGGUCAUGUGACUCAGCUGGCUGUUCACUACUGACACUGUAAAUAAAGUUUAGAAUGUUUUCUAAUAAAGUCUUCUGUUUUUCAA